UCACUAUUCUGUUUUCUCAUUCGAUUCUCUGUUUCAAGGAGGCCGAAGCUAUUUCUACCCUCUCUCAGAUCUACCUGCUCAGAGCUCUGUUUUUUUCCAGCUCAAGAUGGAUAGUAAUAAGGAUGAUGAUCUCACAUUCUCAAAAGUUGUUCCACCAGAUAGUGAAGUUGUUGUAGAUGUAAAAGAUCUUUCGAACUCUAUUGCCCUUAAAGAUCCUCAAAGCAAGUCUCUGAAUCAAGUUUCUCCAAAGGAAAACACAGUUGGUUCUCUGUCUUUCACGGUGGUUGAUUCUUCUUCACCUGACAUUCUCAAAGCUUCUUCAGCAAGAAAGCCUAUAACUCGUACUAAAGUCCCGUUUGAAAAGGGUUACAGCCAAAUGGAUUGGCUUAAACUUACACGAACACAUCCCGAUCUUGCAGGUCUGAAGGGAGAGUCGAACAGGAGGCUUAUAUCAAUGGAUGAAGUGAAGAAACACAAAUCAGGAGAUUCGAUGUGGACUGUUUUGAAAGGACGCGUGUACAACAUAUCGCCUUAUAUGAAUUUUCAUCCAGGAGGUGUUGAUAUGUUGAUGAAAGCUGUUGGGAGAGACGGUACACUCUUGUUCAACAAAUACCAUGCUUGGGUUAAUUUUGAUAUGUUGCUUGAGAAAUGCCUUGUUGGAGUUUUGGAUGACUCCAAAGUGAAGAGCAAAUGCUAAAAGGUUGAGAUAAUCAAUAUACUCGUACAGAUGAUUCUUAUGACAAAUAAGUGUUUACAUUUUGGUUAUUCAAAUGAAAACGCUGGUCACAACUAUGUACUGUGUAUUAGACUUUUACACAACUAUUUGAUGCCAAUAUGAAUCAUUCAUUGUAUCA